UCCUCAUAACACACUGUAUGGCGUAGACCCGUCUGCAUUAGUCCAGGUUAUGAGCAGAACAGUAGGACGUUAAACCUCAUUUCAUUUCAUUAUUUAAAGUUUUACUACAAUAUUGUUAUGUGCGCCGGGUAAAUUAAAGUGUUGUUAUAUGAAAUCAUUUCAACUGUAGUAGCCUACAUACAUUACAGAUAAGGGACGACAAGAAAACAUUGUUAUUUCACCCAGGGCCGUUACGCAGUGUUCAUAUCAGUGCACAUUCAGUCAUAAGAGUGUCGGAUGUUUUGAAACUUGGAUAGGCGACUACAUUUGAGCCCCGUAUAUUUUAUAUACAUUUUAGACACGAAACGAAAAUUGAGGAGUAAAAAUCUGAAAAUGAAAAUAAAGCGUGUGAUGAUGGCUGUUUCGGUGUGUCUAUGUGUGCUUCUAAUCAGCUUUAAUAUUUUUCCAAAUGUAUGGAACACCGAAAAUAACACUAACAACGAUAAACAAGUGAAACGGGAACAAGAUUUGAAUAUGUAUUUCCGACAAAAUUUUCCCGAUAAACAAAUUGUGGAAACGAACAGCACGAGUCGCUAUUUGAUAUACCAUUGUGACGGAAGUGGUACAUGCGGCGGUUGGACGGAUCGCUUAAGGGGGGUUGUAACUGGCUACAUAUUAUCUACUCUCACGAAUCGUAAAUUUGGUAUCCAGAUAACCGACAUUCCAUGCAAUUUAAGUUCCAUAAUACAACCUAAUAUCAUAAAUUGGGAUAUCAACCCCGUGUUAAAGAAGUCAAGUAUUUCAAAUCAUUUCUACGCCGGGUCUACUAAAUUCUACAGCACCAUAAAAGAUAUGGAUUUUAACGUCGAGUUUAAAAAACCCAUUGUUUAUUUUCGGACAAACUUAGAUUACGUGGAUGGAUUGAAACAGAACAAAUUGUACAACACACAGCUUUCGUGGAUGAAACACCUGUCACGUGAUCAAGUCUAUGCUAAGAUUGUAAAAGAAUUAUUCACCUUAGCUCCGGACUCUCAGAAAUUAAUGAAUACGUUUAUGGAAACAGCGUUACCAUCUGAAAAACACAAAUUGGUUUGUGCUCACGUGAGAAGGGGACGUAACCCUACUAUACCCAAUGAUUCUCAAGUGAGAGUAUCUGACGAGGACGUUUUGCACGUGUGGAAGUUUUUACGUCAUUAUAAUAACCCUGAUAUAUACAGGAUAUUUUUUACGUCAGAUUCAGACAGUGACGUAACACGCGCGAGAAUCUUAUUUCCUGAUCAAAUGGUAGAGAAUAAGGGGCAGGUAAUUCACUUUGACAAGGCCAGGCAUCAGAAGGAUUGUGAAGGAUUUAGAAAGGUUGUGGUUGAUCAGCAAAUAUUAAUGAAAUGUGAUGUUUUAAUGAUUAGUUUUAGUGGAUUUAGUCGCAUGGCAGCCUAUGUUCGAGGAAAGAAUAAGGACACGUUCUGUCUGUUGAGAAACCAUACUGGUAUAAUUCCCUGUAAACCAAGUACAAUGAAAGAGUUAUAUCAUGUUAUGGGGUAAACCCAGAGAGAGAGAGAGAGAGAGAAAGAGAGGGGGAGAGAGAGGGAGAGAGAGAGAAUAAUUUAACAAAGGCCGUGUAAAUACAUGUAAAACUUUAUGUUAAUUCAGUUCGAUAUAUUUAAAUAAUCAGUAAGUUUAUGGAGCUUUCGACUAUUAUUGUAUAUAUAUUUAAUUGACGCGUAUACUAUCUU